AUCGCCUCGCAGCCCACCAGCUGUCAAUCAUCCCCGCUGAGUCACAUGACCCACCGGAGGAGGAGCGUCGGGCUUCAAAAGAGCAGCACCCACAGGACCAGAGCCCAGCCAGAACCAGAUCCAGAUCCAGCAGCAGAUACCAGACCAGCCUCCAGUAUGCAGUGUGCACGUUGUCCCGCCGUUUUGGUUCUCAUGGCCUUGGUUCUGUGCGGCGUUUCGUCUCAGCCCGACAGAGACCAGGACCAGUUCCAGAACCAGGACCUGGACCUGGAGCUGCGUCACCACCGGCUGCUGCAAAAAGCUCGGAGCGCCGGACUCCUGUCGCAGGAGUGGAGUAAACGUGCCGUGGAGGACCUGCUGGCUCAGAUGUCUUUGCCAGAACCCGAGUCCCAGCGCGAGGCUGAGGUCGUCUCCAUGGCAACGGGUGGGAGGAUGAACCUGGAGCGGUCCGUCGACCCGCCGAACAACAUCCCUCCACGCGACCGCAAAGCCGGCUGCAAGAACUUCUACUGGAAGGGCUUCACGUCCUGCUAGAACCCAGCACAGUUGAAGCCACGCCCUCCCUGGAUGCACCAACCAAUCCCUGACCAGCUGGCCUUCACCUGAGCGACUGCACGGACCAAUCAGCAGCCAGCAAGCUGCAGUGUACCUGAGUAAUUCAUGUAAUUAUCAAUUAAAGAGAGAAAUCAGUCAA